UCCAGCCGCUCUCCACCGCCUGAGCACCCAGGAACCAGAAGAAGGCAGGAGACAGCCGGCCCGGGAGCAGGACCGCCGUGGACCCGUGUCUCUGACCCAUUCUGCCGCGGAGCUGAACCGAACCGUCCGUCCGGCACCAUGCUGCGGGCCUGUGUCCGAGGAGCUAACGCUGCAGCCCGGAGGAACCUGUGGAGAACCCCUGUCCAGUCCCGGGGCUACAGUUCAGGAGAACCCAGCGGAGCUGCAAAGGUGGUGGCUGCGUCCCUGCUGACGGUGAGCGGCGGCGUCGGAGGGACCAUCCUCUACGCCAAAUGGGACCCCAAGUUCCGGGCGGCGGUGGAGAAGAACGUUCCGUACUCGGACCAGAUCCUGGGCCUGGCGCUGGGACCGGCCCCUCCGGACGGCGGGCCUGCCGUCAAGAAAGCGGUGGAGCCGGUCCAGCCCCCGUCCAUGAUGGACCGCCCAGCCAAGACCCCCAGGGCCAAGCCCGAGAAGACGGUGAAGGAGGCGGCGGAACCCGCAGAACCCAGUCCGGUCCAGAGCCCCCCUGCUCAGAGCCUGGAAGAAGCCCCUCCAGAGGCUUCGGCGGAGGCCUCACACAUCAUCUCGGCCAUCAGCGAGGUUCCCUCGGUCCCUGCUCCGUGUGACACAGAGGCAGCAGUCAAAGAGGAGUGCGCAGAGUGCCAUGAGCAUGAAGCCCCGCCCACAGAGGCUCCGGCCGAGCCGCUGAAGGAGCGACCGGUGGAGGAAGUGACGGCUCGACUGGCUCAGCAGGACCUGGAGGAGCAGGACGCCGUGGCAGCCCUGUCGGUGAGCCUGGAGGAGUCCCUGGCCAGCUCUGCUAAAGCCACCCUCCAGGCCAUGGGCGCUCAGGAAGCCGCCCUCCAGGCCGUCUCGCAACACACACUCAAGCUGAAGGAGGCCAUGGAGGCCGAGGUUCCACCUCAGGAGAAGUCCGAUCAGUGGAAGGAACUGGAAGGAGCUCUGGCUGAUAGAACGUCUGCUGAGAACGACGCCAGAGAGGCUCUGCUGAAGGCCAAUGAAGCGCUGGACGGCCUCAGGGCGCUCAUCGACCGUUCUAAAGGGCUGAAGAUCUCUUCGGCUCGUCCCCUCAUCCUGGCGGCGGAGGAGAACCUCCACAAGAUGGUGGUGGACCUGGACAAAGUGGUCACCAAGGUGCAGACUGCGGAGUCGGAGUCUAAGAUCGUGUCUCAGUACAGUGAACUGGUGAAAGAAGCCAAGCAGCAGUUCCAGAGGGAAGUGAGCAGCCUGACCCCUGACAUCCAGGCCAACUGGAAGAGUCUGACGGGGAAGCUGUCGACAGACGACCUGAACGCGCUCAUCGCUCACGCUCACCGCCGCAUCGACCAGCUGAACCGGGAGCUGGCCGAGCAGCGGGUCCGGGAGCAGAUCCACAUCGACGCGGCUCUGGACCAGCAGAAGCUGGAGGACCAGAAGGCCAUGGAGACGGCGGUGAACACGGCCCUGCAGCACGUCCGGGAGGAGGCCCGGCUGGAGCAGGAGAGGAAGCUGGCUGAGCUCAGGGAGGUGAUGGAGGCGGAGAUGAGGACUCAGCUGAGGCGCCAGGCGGCCGCUCACACAGACCACGUCCAGGAUGUCCUGAAGGUCCAGGAGCAGGAGCUGAAAUCAGAGGCCGAGCAGGUCCUGAACAGUAAGACUCUGGAGCUGGAGACGCGCUACCGUCAGCUGAGCCAGGAGCAGCUGGAUAACUUCACCCUGGACAUGAACACGGCGUACGCUCGGCUGAAGGGCAUGGAGGAGGCCAUCGACAGUCACGUGGUGGCGGAGGAGGCGGCGCGCUCGGCUCACCAGCUCUGGCUGUCGGUGGAGGCGCUGAGCUACGCCCUGAAGACGGCGGACGCCGAGACGCCCACCGUCCCCCUGGAGGCCGCCGCCCAGGCCGUGCGCCACAGCUGCCGGGACGACGAGUUCGCCCUGGCGCUGGCCGCCGCCCUGCCCGAGGAGUCGCUGCAGCGCGGCGUGUACAGCGAGGCGUCGCUGCGCGCACGCUUCUAUUCGCUGCGCUCGCUGGCUCGCCGCGUCGCCCUGGUCAACGAGACCCACAACUCCCUGUACCAGUACUUCCUGUCCUACCUGCAGGCCGCCCUGCUGUUCGAGAAGAAACUGGAGGCUCCGCCCGCCCAGCUGAGCGCCCAGGAUCUAGACCCCUUCAAGCUGCUGUCGUACGCCAGCUACUGCCUGGAGCACGGCGACCUGGAGCUGGCCGCCAAGCUGGUGAACCAGCUGCGGGGCGAGGCGCGCCGCGUGGUGGAAGACUGGCUGGCCGAGGCCCGCCUCACGCUAGAGACACGCCAGGCGGUCGGCCUGCUGUCCGCCUACGCCAACGCCGUGGGCCUGGGCACCACCCAGGCCCCGUAGGGCGCCGCUCGGUGUGGACACACACUCCCCACAGACUCUGAGAGUCCAGGAAGUGAUGCCGCCGGCUCACACGCCGAUGCCGGGAGGCUCCGGUAACGGCAGGCAUUCUUUUGAAAGUGUAAUUUAUGCUUCCCCUCUGCCCGGGACGGUCAGUUCACUAAGAUUUGCACCUUUUAUUUAACCAUUGAAGACGAGUCGUCUGCUUUCUGUGUCGCCUGCACUCAGCCAACGUGGUUCAAUAAAACAUGGAGUCCA